AUGUCUUUCUCUGUUCGAGCCCUUGGCCUGCUUGCGCUGAGUGCAGCGCAACUCUUCAAUGGCGCGCACGCCGGCGUGAAAUCCUGCCCGGCGAACUCUCCUGUCAGCUGCAGCUCGUCCUCGUCCAAGUCCAGCUCUGGCAGCUGCUGCCUCGAGUCCCCCGGCGGUCUUCUGCUGCAGACCCAAUUCUGGGACACGGACCCUGUGACGGGUCCUACCGACUCCUGGACCAUCCAUGGUCUUUGGCCGGACAACUGCGACGGCUCGUACCAGCAAAACUGUGACCCAUCGCGCGCGUACAAGAACAUCACGGAGAUUCUGCAGGCGGCGGGCAAGCAGAGUCUGCUGGACUACAUGAAGACGUACUGGCAGAGCAACGAUGAGUCGCCGGAGGAAUUCUGGGAGCACGAAUGGGCGACGCACGGCACCUGCAUCAACACCAUCGACCCCAGCUGCUACACGAACUACACUGCCGGAGAGGAAGCCGCCGACUUUUUCCAGCAGGUGGUGACUCUCUUCAAGAGUCUGGACACGUACCAGGCCUUGUCCGAUGCCAACAUCACCCCAUCCACAGACCAGACGUACGACCUGAGCGAUCUCGAGGCCGCCACCUCCAAGAUCCACGACGGCAAGACCCCUCAACUGUCCUGCAGCAACGGCGAGCUUUCUCAGAUCUACUACUACUUUAACCUGCAGGGCAACGCCAUCACGGGCAAAUACAUCCCUGUCGACUCUCCCGACUCCUCCAACUGCCCCAAGAGCGGCAUCAAGUACCUGCCCAAGUCUCAGGGCUCGUCCUCCUCGGGACGCCGCCACGGCGGUUAA